CAGAAAAAUGCGGUUUCAUGGGUUAUAUCGCAUCGGGGUUUGCUUCUUCAUGGCGUUCUUACACUCCGCGGGUUGGAGAGAGAUGAUAUCGACCGGGUGAUAGUUUGAUUUGAUAUCUUUGAUAUGUUUUAUUCCCCUUUAUGACCUAUUUUAUUCUACUUAUUGCCAGCUAUCUUUAUAUUCUUAAACGCUUUCCCGCCAGAUCUAAAGAAUGGAGAGCACCGAAGUCUUCUGUCCAGGAACUGAGCAUCAUAGCAGCUUUGUUUGCAAUACUACCUAAAUUACAUGACGAAACACAUAGUCAAUGGUUUAGAAUAUACCUCAGACUAACUGAUACUACCUUACAUGUAAUUGUCAGCAACAGCCCGCUUCAGAUCCACAUGCACCUCAAUAUCUCACCGAGGGGGAGCUCUAACAUUUCCAGGCCCUGGCUGAUGUGUCGAAUUACGAGUCGAACAAAGGGAAGAAAAUGGCUUGAUUCCAUCUGGUUGGCCGUUCGUUGCUUCAUUAAACUCGCAUGCCUCGGUGUUUUGAGGCCUGCGGUUAGUUUGGUAACAUGGAAAGAUUGGAUGUAUUCAAACUGUAAGGCCUACCAUUUUGAUAGCAUAUCCAAUACAGGACCAAUUCAGCAGAAUCAGGUCGGGAUGACCCAGAAAAAACCCCAGUGGAGAUAUGGGUGGCUCUAAAGAAACGGACACGGCUUCUACUGCGCCUAAUUACACCCUGAAGUGAGGUUGAAGUGAGAGAAACCGCAUCAACCAUGCAAGAUGGCUGUAAUUUUCCAGAACAUCAACUGUCUGUUCGGCAUCGGGACAUCCCGAGUUCAUCGAUGAUCCUUUCUUCAACUGCCGACUUCGACAUCCUUCAAAAGUUUCGCAGGGAUGGCAGAAGGAUGCCCAAGCCUUGAGCAGCAGCAUGGGCAAUUCCUCCGCGUCUGUGGAGUCUCCUGACGAUCCCCGCAUUCACUAAGGCCUCACCAACGCCCACCAGGGGCCCCCGAUUUUCGCUGUUCCUUGUUGCUGUGAUCCACUGUUUACAACCCAGAGUCAGCAAUAUCAACUUUCCCCCUCUGCA